CACCACAAAUUAACACUGAAAACCCAAAACCGAUCUCUUCCUAGGGUUAAUUAGCUCAGUAGUUAUGGCCAAGGACAUUGAAGUUCAGGUGGAGCACGGCGAGUACUCCGCCAAGGACUACCAUGACCCGCCUCCGGCACCACUGAUUGAUCCGGAGGAGCUCUUCAAGUGGUCGUUCUAUAGGGCUCUCAUCGCCGAGUUUAUUGCUACUCUUCUCUUCCUCUACAUCACUGUCUUGACUGUCAUCGGCUACAAGAGCCAAUCUGCCAACGAUCAGUGCGGCGGCGUUGGCAUUCUUGGUAUCGCAUGGGCCUUCGGUGGCAUGAUCUUCAUCCUUGUUUACUGCACCGCCGGUAUCUCUGGAGGACACAUCAAUCCGGCGGUGACUUUUGGGCUGUUCUUAGCAAGGAAGGUGUCACUCAUUCGGGCGUUCUGGUACAUGGUGGCGCAGUGUUUGGGUGCAAUCUGCGGUUGUGGGCUGGUCAAGGCUUUCCAAAAGGCUUACUACAACAAGUACGGAGUUGAUCUAUAUAGUAAAUCUAUGAAAGUUUUGGCACCACUUCCUAUUGGGUUCGCCGUCUUCAUGGUCCACCUUGCCACAAUCCCGAUCACCGGAACCGGCAUCAACCCGGCAAGGAGUUUGGGAGCCGCUGUGAUCUUCAACAAAAAGAAGGCCUGGGAUGAUCAGUGGAUCUUCUGGGUGGGACCCUUCGUGGGAGCCGCCAUUGCCGCCUUGUACCACCAAUUCAUUCUCCGGGCAGCCGCCAUUAAAGCCCUGGGAUCCUUCAGGAGCAACGCUUAAAUCUAUCACUAUUAAGAUGGGUUUUUCACUAUAAUAACAUGAAGAGCGUGGGUCUGUUUAGGGUUUCCUGCUGCAAUAUUUUCUCCUUGCCCGGCAACGGUUAGGGUGUGGGAGGAAGCCAUAUAUCGUAUAUUUGAAUUGUAAAUGAAAACUUAUUUGUGGAUGGGGAUAAGGGUGUCUUUUGUGAAUUCCUUUUGUAUUUUCUUUUUAUUGCUCUUGAACGUAAUUUUAAGUUUGUGUUUUUGUCAAUCUUUGUUCUCCUUAUCAUCAUGAUCAUCUCUUUCUCAUUUUUUUUUCUAUGGUGCGUCAAUGUUCU